UAAUCACACAUACUCUUUCUCUUUCUCUCUCUCUCUGCUCCACUGCCUUUGCUACUGUUAUCCUCUUCUUCAAUUUCCUCUUCAAAAUUCACUUUUAGUAGCAGAGGCAGAGCUCAAUCCAUUGGGAGAGAGAAGAGAUCAAAGGCAUUUUUCAUUCAGAAAUUUAUAGUUGAAAGGAGAUUGAGAUCUGAGUUGUAACUUGCGUUUUUUUCUCUUCUGGGUUUCCAUAUUUUCAUGGAUUUUGUGAUAAUUGCUUCCCAAUUACAGAUUUAAACCGCACCCACAUUACCAUUUUUUUGUUUUGUGUUGUUUCUGUUGAAAAUCCCAAAGAACUCAUCGAUCUAUUGGGAUUUCCUUCUUCUUUUUCUUCUUCAUUCAACUGUCUCUCUGUAAUUCGCCGCUCUGUUUCAGAGAGAGGCUAUGGCUGAAACUACACAGAUUCUGUUACCGGAGUCAUUUCAAGGAGGAAGAGGUGAUUUCACUGAACAAAUUUGGUUGAUAUGGGAGCUAAUCAAAGCGCCAUUGAUAGUUCCUGUGUUGAGAUUAAUGGUUUAUAUCUCAUUGGCAAUGUCUCUGAUGCUUUUCUUUGAAAGGCUUUAUAUGGGAAUUGUUAUCAUUCUGGUUAAGCUCUUUUGGAAGAAACCUGAGAAACGAUAUAAAUAUGAACCUAUUCAGGACGAUUUGGAAUUGGGAAGCUCAAAUUUCCCCCAUGUUCUCAUUCAAAUCCCAAUGUUUAACGAAAGAGAGGUUUACAAGAUCUCCAUUGGAGCUGCUUGUGGACUUUCAUGGCCGGCCGACCGCCUUGUUAUUCAAGUUCUUGACGAUUCAACCGACCCUGUCAUUAAGCAAAUGGUUGAACAAGAAUGCCUAAGAUGGGCAAGUAAAGGAAUCAACAUAACGUAUCAAAUCAGAGAAACCAGAGGAGGAUACAAAGCCGGAGCUCUGAAAGAAGGGCUUAAACGAAGCUAUGUUAAACACUGUGAAUAUGUCGCGAUUUUCGACGCGGAUUUCCGGCCGGAGCCGGAUUAUCUCCGCCGUGCGAUUCCGUUCUUGGUGAAUAAUCCCGAUAUUGCCCUUGUUCAAGCUCGGUGGAGAUUCGUGAAUGCAGAUGAGUGUUUGUUGACAAGAAUGCAAGAGAUGUCUUUGGAUUACCAUUUUACAGUGGAACAAGAAGUUGGUUCUGCUACUCAUGCCUUCUUUGGCUUCAAUGGAACUGCUGGUGUAUGGAGAAUUGCUGCUAUUAAUGAGGCAGGUGGAUGGAAAGACAGGACCACAGUGGAAGACAUGGACCUUGCUGUUAGAGCUAGUCUUAGAGGCUGGAAAUUUGUCUACUUAGGUGACCUGCAGGUAAAAAGUGAGCUUCCUAGUACUUUCAAAGCCUUCCGUUUCCAGCAGCAUCGUUGGUCUUGUGGCCCUGCCAAUCUUUUCCGCAAAAUGGUUAUGGAAAUUGUCAGAAACAAGAAAGUUAGAUUCUGGAAGAAAGUUUAUGUGAUUUAUAGUUUCUUCUUUGUGAGGAAGAUCAUUGCCCAUAUGGUUACUUUCUUCUUUUACUGCGUUGUUCUUCCUCUCACCAUUUUGGUUCCUGAAGUUUAUGUACCAAUUUGGGGAGCUGUUUACAUUCCUUCGAUUAUUACCAUUUUGAACUCAGUAGGAACUCCAAGGUCAAUUCACCUUCUGUUCUACUGGAUCCUUUUCGAAAAUGUCAUGUCGUUGCACCGUACGAAAGCAACAUUGAUCGGUCUAUUGGAAGCCGGUCGAGCCAACGAAUGGGUUGUCACUGAAAAACUUGGAGAUGCUCUCAAAAACAAGGCAGCUGCUGAUAAGAAAGCAGGUGGCAAAAUACCUAAAGUAAGGUUGAGAUGCAAAUUUGGAGACAGAAUCAACACAUUGGAGCUUGGAUUUGCAGCAUUCUUGUUCUUAUGUGGCUGCUAUGACUUUGUUCAUGGGAAGAACAAUUACUUUAUUUACCUUUUCCUUCAGACAUUCAGCUUUCUGAUCACUGGAAUUGGAUAUGUUGGAACCAUCAUCCCAAGCUCUUGAAAAGUGAAGAUCAUUUCUAUUUGUUUGAUGCCCCUUUGUUGGCUACAAAAGUUUAUAUAUAUAUAUUAUAUAUAAAUGUAUGAAACGAAAAAAAAGCAAAAAAAAAAAAAAAAAAAAGUAUGCAUGUGGGGUUCUGAGUUCUUUUAAGAUGCAACUAAUAAUUAGUAAAGUUGAUAAUGUUCUACAGAAGAGGAGUAGCCUGCCGCCUAACUUAGAAGAAAAGGGGGUUUUUUAUUUUCAGAAAAAGGCCUGAGAGGCAUCAGAAAUUGCAAGAAAAGUCAGCUACUUUGGAAAAAUUACACAAAUCAGUCCCAAUGAAGAAGAAGAAGAAACAGAGAGGUUAGGAUUUGAAGAGGAAAAAGAGGAAUUGCUUAUGGGUAUUUUCGUCAUUUAGAUUGUUUUCUUUUCUAAAUUGUGAAAUACUUUUUUGUCAUUUUAUGGGGUUGGUCCAUUUGUUACUUUUUUUUUUCCUUAGCUUUGUGGGGGAAUAAAGCACAUGGAUUAUAGGGUGAACUUGUUGUAAUAACACUUGUUUACCAUUUCAACUUCUUUUUCUUUUUUUCUUUUUUUCAGGAUAAAUUUGUUAGGGCAUUGCAUUUUCUUGGGAGAAAAAUUAAUUUUCUUUUUUUAUUUUCAAUUUUUUUCUAUUGAUUGUUAGCAUUAUGUAAGAAUAUUCAUGUUUGGAAGUUGGAUAGUUUUCUUAUUUAUGCUAAAAUUAUAUUUCCUCCA